AUGUCUUUUUUACUCACUGCACUAGUUCAAUUUGGCGAAGAGACAGAACUUGUCGAUAUUUAUGUUGGUGCUGAUCUAGCUGAUAUACAUGUUCAAUUGAUGGCUCCAUUUCAUUUAAAUCCAUCUCAAUAUAUUAUUCAAGUUUUUGAAUCAAAAAUGUUCAACGAAUAUGUUAAUCUAUCAAAAAUUUCUGUACUCAAUAAUAUGGAUUCAGGUCGAUUUCGGGUUAUAUUACAAAAGGUUGACAUAAUACAAAUGCCAACUACACCAACUAAUUCUAAUCGAUCGUUGUCGCUGUUAAGUCUUGAUAAUGUAUCACCACAAUGUCUAAAUCAAGCAAAUACACUAGCACCUAGUUUUAACUCAACACAGAAUAAAUUACGUGAAUUGCCACCUUUACCAUCAUCUAAUAUUUUACCAGCUUUUCCUAUUAAUAUAAAAUAUGCCAUUUCUGUAGGUAUGAUGCAAUCUGUUAUUCAAGACGUAGUGAAUAUGUUGGCUUGUCAUUUAUUUGAUUAUAAUAUUUCAUCGAAAACACAUUACUUUCAAAUACGUGCUGCUUUUGUUAAAGAAUAUUCAAUGAAUGAAUUUAAGGACAAUCGAGAUCUUGAUCUCCUUAUCCAAAAAUUAUCUCGUCGACUACGUGAUUUACGAUGUCGUAAGAAAAAAAAUAAUUGUGAUGGACAAUUUUCGCUUGAUUGGGAUAACGAUCGUUAUCAGGAUGGUGCGAAUCAAAAGAAUUCACCAGUUAUUGAACCAGCAACAACUGGUAAGUUUAUUCUUGCUCUUAAUAUAAUACAACUAUGUUUCACAGAUAAUACUGAUUCGAUUGAAUCGAAAGAAUUCAUGAAAAAAUUGACCGAUGCAUUUCACAACAAUGAAAUGACAAAAGGCACAACCACUCAAUUGAUUGUUGAAUCCUUCCGUACUCGUCGAGCUUAUUUACAAUCUGGUCAAAGUAUGCAACAGAUUUUAAACGAGAUGCCUUUUACACAAAACAUAACAUUUAUCAAAUUGGAAUUUGAACUUGUUACUAAAGUGUCAUUAAUGGUUGCUACUGAACGUAUUCGGAAGUUUCUCGAUAACAUUAUUUCAUAUGAAAUCUAUGGUAAAUUAUCUGAUGAAAAUGUACGUAUGAAUAAUAUCUGA